UUCUUAUUGGUUAUCCCUGCCACAAACUUAAGCAUUAUUUCCGAGCAGGUGAGAAGCACCAAUAGGACAGCUCUCGCGGCUUCCCGUUUCCGGAUACUUAAGAAAAGCCCGCGCGCUCCUUAGUCAGCUGCACACCUAAUAUUCUUUCAAGAUGGCAGAGAACCCACCGGAGCAUGGAGUUGAUUUGGACCAGAGCCAGUUCUGUUGUUCGGUGUGUUUGGACCUGUUCAGGGAGCCUGUCACCGUCCCCUGCGGACACAGCUACUGCAGGCGCUGCAUUGAAACCUGCUGGCAGCGCGACGAGGAGGCGGAGGGCCGAUACAGCUGCCCGCAGUGCAGAGAGGUCUUCCAGCCUCGACCUGUAUUGAGGAAAAACAUCACUCUAGCUGAGGUUGUGGGGAAGCUGAAGGUGAUGGGCACCAUGGAAACCCCUCUCUUUGUUGAGUUUACCUGUGCUGGCCCAGAUGACGUUGCCUGCGAUUUCUGCUGCGAGUCCAGAAGACACAAGGCCUCCAUGUCCUGUCUGACGUGCCUGGCGUCGUACUGCAGUUUUCACCUGGCGUCUCACUACACAGUUCCUGCGCUGGAGACGCACCAGCUGGUGUCCGUCACAGUCCCGCUGAAGGAGAAGAUGUGCAAGAAGCACAAGAAGCUGCUGGAGGUGUACUGUCAGUCUGACAAGCGCUGUAUCUGCUACCUGUGCAUAAUAGAUGAACACCGGGGACACUUCACUGUUCCAGCCUCAGCAGAACGAGCCACAGAGCAGAUUCUGCUGAAUAUGCAUCAAAUCGGUGUCCAGAGGAGUCUGCAGAAUAGAGAGAACGAGCUGAGGGAGUUGGGCAAAGCUCUGGAGGAUUUCAAGGUUUGUAGCCGGACUGCAGUGGACAACGUCGACAAGACCAUCAACAUGUUGAUUUCCUCCAUCCAAAUGAGACGCAUUUUGGCAAAGCAGAUGAUGGACAUGAGAGAGAAACUGGCGAUUGCUGAGGCUGAAAAGCUGCAACUCCAGCUACAGGAGGAGAUCACCAAGCUGCGGAAACGAAACGGUGACCUUCAGAAGCUCUCUCUCUCCAGUGACCACAUUCAUUUCAUUCAGACUUUCCCAGCUCUCUCCACUUCCUGUGAAUCUCCAGACCUGCCACCCGGUGCUGUUGUUCGCCCUCGUGAGUCAAUGGCAGCUGCAUCUCGUUUUUUAGAUGACCUGAAAGAUAAAGUGGAUGGUAUUCUGGAGGACUCCUGGUCCAACUUUUCUGCCACAGUGUCUGCUGUCAAUGUUGUGCUGCCACCUGUGCCAAAAACCAGAGAGCAGUUUUUACUCUAUGGCUGUGUCCUCACCCUUGACAUCCAAACAGCCCACAAGUGUUUGUCCAUCUCCAAAGAGCAACAGCGAGACGUUAGUGUGUCCCGCUACGCCCCCUACUAUGUUAGUCGCUCAGACAUGUUUGAGAGUGUGAAGCAGGUUCUGUGCUGCGAGGCUCUGUCAGAGCGCUGCUACUGGGAGGUCACCUGGGAAGGUUCCUUUUGCGCAGUAGCCGUGGCGUACAAAGACAUCGCAAGAUCAUCGUCUGAUUCCGAGUUUGGAUGCAAUGACAAAUCGUGGAGCUUGGAGUGCUCCAAGGAUUCCUAUGUUUUCCGACACCGUUCUCAGAAGAAAGUUUUGUCAGGCCCUCUGACCUCCUGGAUCGGUGUGUACCUGGAUUACAGGUCAGGUACUCUGGCUUUUUACAGCAUCUCUAAAGAGAUGAUGCUGCUCCACAGAGAACAGACCAUGUUCUGUAAACCCCUUUAUCCUGGCCUUGGGCUGAAGGAUGAUGUUCAAGCAAAACUGGUGAAGUUAUGGUGAGGAAGUUUUCAUGCUGAUGCAUAGCUGAGCAGCUUUUUUCUUUUUUUUUCUUUUUUUUUUUAACAUGCAAACCAACUAAAAUGCAAUGUUUGAAUAAAGUUCAAGUAAUUAAACCAA